GACGGCUUCAUUUAACGCUCGGAGUCGGGAACGCCACUCAGGUGACGGGAAUAUCACUGAAGGGGGUCAGCUACCCGAGCUCCCAGUCUAACGGUCCUACCUACGGUCUGCGAGCACGGGGCAGCCCAGAAGAGAGAAUGCAGAACAUUGGGACCCAGCUCCGGCGGGGCCUCACCUCCAUAUUCUCAGGCCGGGCAUCCCGGAAGCAGGCUGCCCAAGGCCAGGACCCAGCUGGCACCAUGGAGACCUACAGGAACCCAACAGAGGUACAGAUGAGCCAGCUGGUGCUGCCAUGCCACACAAAUCCCCGAGAGGAGCUGAGCGUGGGUCAGCUGCUGAAGUGGAUAGACAUAACUGCCUGCCUCUCAGCCGAGAAACACGCAGGCUGCCCAUGCGUAACGGCCUCGGUGGAUGACAUCUAUUUUGAGCACACCAUUAGAACUGGACAAGUGGUCAACAUAAAAGCCAAGGUGAACCGGGCCUUCAACUCCAGCAUGGAGGUGGGCAUCCAGGUUACCUCAGAGGACCCUUGCACUGAGAAGCAGUGGAGUGUGUGCAAAGCUCUGGCCACAUUUGUGGCCCAGCGAGACUCUUCCAAGGUAAAGCUAAAACAGAUCUCGCCGCUGACAGAGGAGGAAAAGGUGGAGUACAGCGUGGCAGCAGAGCGUCGAAGGAUGAGGCUGGUGUACACAGAAACCAUCCAGGACCUACUGGCCAAAAGCGUCAUUCAAGAUGAUCUGGAGAGCAGAGACUGUAACAGGAUGGUGCCCGCUGAGAAGACCCGAGUGGAGAGUGUGGAGUUGGUCCUGCCCCCCCAUGCCAACCACCAGGGCAACACCUUUGGUGGCCAAAUCAUGGCUUGGAUGGAGAAUGUGGCCACCAUCGCAGCCAGCCGCCUGUGCCAAGGCCAUCCCACCCUGAAGACAAUUGAGAUGUUCCACUUUCGAGGCCCAUCCCAGGUUGGGGACCGGCUGGUGCUCAAGGCCAUUGUCAACAAUGCCUUCAAGAACAGCAUGGAGGUCGGGGUGUGCGUGGAAGCUUACCGCCAGGAGAUGGAGUCUUGCCGGCGGCACCUCAACAGUGCUUUCAUGACCUUUGUGGUCUUGGAUGGAGAUGACCAGCCCAUAACCCUGCCUUGGAUUCAGCCACAAGGCAAGGAAGGUGAGCGUCGGUAUAGGGAGGCCAGUGCUAGAAAGAAGAUGAGACUGGACAGGUGAGUAAGGGCAGGAGGCGGGCACAGAAGCUUUACAAACCGCUGCUCUUUGGUGGCCACAACCCCUUCUCGCCAUCCCCAAGCCCUUACUUCCAUACCAUCUCCCUGGAGCUGUAUCCAGACUCAGC